AUGGGUGAAUCUGUCAAUAAUGAUGGUCAGCCUAGCCCUGUCCUGCUUCCCAACUCAACGCAGUUUUACUUGGACAGCGAGCAAGGAGAAAAAUACUUGAUCCAAAUAUCUUGGCCACUGCAUUGGCAGGAAAGCCGCAUGGCACGGUUCCACUCUUCUCAUUUUUCUGGGGGUGGCAUCGUUGUUGCAAUCGGAUAUCCCCUGCAGGGAAAACUGUUUGAUAUUCAACGACGCAACCUCGAUCUGACCCCGCCAACAGACCCUCCGAAUCCUGGGUAUGGAUGUGCGGAUGCAUUCCUUGACUUUAUUGGAAAUUUUGUUCGACCAGCAGUGAAAGUCCGGUUCCCGCAGGUAUCCGUCUCGAGGGAGGCACUCUAUGGCCACUCAUAUGGGGGGCUCUUCGCCCUUCACGCAUUAUUCACACGCUCCCGUUCCUUUGACUUCUAUAUGGCAAGCAGUCCAUCAAUCUGGUGGAACAAUUUGUGUAUUUUAGAAGAAGCCAGAGCCUUUGCAGAAAGGAAAAAGGCUGAACAUGGAAAGCUCCCGUCGCUGAUGGUGUGCUGGGGUUCCUAUGAGCAGAAUCCUCCUCAAUGGUACAAUGAGCCGCUUGAUCAGUAUGAAGGGAGGAAGCAGUCUGCAACGGAUCUGAGAAUGGGCGACAAUGCUCUUGAUCUCUGCAGGAUGCUUCAUGGCUGCAGUCAGCUACACGUCGUCAUGCAGAAUGAGUAUGAGGGAGAAGAGCACAUGAGCGUGAUGUCGUGCUCGAUCACUCGAGGCUUGACCAUGUUCUUCGAGGACUGGCCUUUUCACAAGCCUUAG